AUGUUGAGCAAAAGUGUUCUUUUUCGAAGAAGAGCAGUUGAUCUUAGUAAAAGAUACCUCUCUACUACUGGGCUCAGAGAAAGCCUUCUAAAAUAUCCUGUGGGACAAAGUAUACAUGGUUAUACUAUUGAGAAUGCGAGGGAAAUACCAGAGUUUUCGCUUGUUGCAGUUCAGCUUAAACACUCCAAGACUGGGUCUGAACAUGUUCACUUAGACUCACCUCAUGAUAAAAACAACGUAUUUCUGGUGGCAUUCAAAACUAAUGCUCCUGACGCCACUGGGGUUCCUCAUAUUUUAGAGCAUACCACUUUAUGUGGAUCUCAUAAAUAUCCUGUCAGAGACCCUUUUUUCAAGAUGUUGAACAGGUCUUUAAGCAAUUUCAUGAACGCAAUGACGGGUCAUGACUACACAUUUUAUCCAUUCGCUACGACUAAUGCAAAGGAUUUCGAGAAUUUGAUGGACGUAUACUUAUCUUCAACAUUCGAACCUUUGCUCACUUUUGAAGAUUUCACUCAAGAGGGUUGGCGAUUAGAAAACCAGGAAACUGAAAAUAAAGAAAGUUCGUUGGCUUUCAAAGGUGUUGUUUAUAAUGAAAUGAAGGGCCAGUAUUCUAACUCAGCCUACUACUAUUAUAUAAAAUUUCAAGAAGCAAUAUAUGCGUCCUUGAAUAAUUCUGGUGGUGAUCCAUCGAAGAUUACUGACUUGAGUUACGAAGAUUUAAUCGAAUUUCAUUUUAAGAACUACCAUCCAUCCAAUGCGAGGACCUUUACAUAUGGCUCAUUUCCAUUAGUGGACCAUUUACAAAAACUUAAUACCUUUUUUAAUCAGUUUGGUCGUAGGCAGAAAAACUCUGUCACGAAGUUGCCAAUUUUUACUCAAACUUCUGAAAAUACUGAUGUCACAGUCAGCGGCCCGGUUGAUUCAAUGUCGGGGAAGCCUAUAGAAGAACAAUAUAAAACUUCGAUUACGUGGAAUCUAGGUAAUCCCUUAGAUGAGUCCAAGCAGUACGAUAUAUUCAAGUGGAAAGCAUUAAGCUCACUAUUGUUUGAUGGACAUAGUGCUCCUUUUUAUCAGGAAUUGAUUGAGACUGAAUACGGAGAUGAUUUUUCAGUUAACUCGGGGCUUGAUUCAACAACUGCUCUCUUAUCAUUCACAAUCGGGAUGAAUAACAUUUCUUUGGAAAAGUCAAAUGAUUUGAAAGCUAAGAUUACAGAUAUCAUUAAAGAUAAAGUUCUUCCAAGGUUUUCGAAUCCGGAUAAGAAGUUUGAAGAUAGGGUUGAAGCGAUUUUACAUCAAAUUGAGUUGAACUUUAAAAAACACAAACCUGAAUUCGGUUUAGGUUUGUUGAGUAGUUUGGUCCCUACCUGGGUAAAUGGAAUGUGCCCUAUAACGAUGUUACUGGUCGAGAAAAUAUUGAAUGAAUUUAAACAAGAAUAUGCAGAGAAAGGUCUUUUGAUGUUCAAGGACCUCAUAGAGAACAGCUUGUUGAAUCCUGAUACGCAAACUUUCAAAUUCACUAUGGUGCCUGACGAACAGUUUAUGACUAAAUUAGAAGUUGAAGAAAAGGAAAGGCUUCAUAAGAAAACAAAUAAUCUAUCGUCCGAUGACAAGGAAAUUAUCUACGAACGAGGAUUACGUUUGGCUGAAAAGCAAAAGACAGAUGAAGAUGUUUCUGUUUUGCCUACUUUGACAUUGAAGGACAUUCCUAGACAAGGAGACUUUUAUGAUUUGGAAUUUUCAAGCACUGAUCGUCAUAAAAUCCAAAAGAGAGUUGUGGAUGCAAACGGAUUAGUAUAUGUUACUGCGAAAAAAGAUAUAUCAUUUUUACCCUCUGAAUAUUAUAAGUUUUUGCCACUAUUUACGUCUUGUUUAACAAAUUUGGCAGGAACUACGAAAACCUCAGUGACCGAUUUAGAAACGAAAAUUCAAAAAUUGACGGGCGGUUUGCUGUUCUCAAUAAGUCCUAAAACGGACCCUUUUAAUGUGUCGAAUACAAAAUUAAGUUUCUUGAUGAAGGGAAUGUCAUUGGGAGAAAAUUCUCAACACAUUUAUGAUUUGUGGAAUGAAAUUCUUUGCGAGACAAGGUUCGACGAUGACGAAGAAGUUCUCGACAAGUUGAAUAUUUUAGUCAAAGGCUUGAGUCAAAAUCAAAUUAACGUGAUAGCUGACAGGGGCCACUCCUUUGCUAGCUCUUUGAGCAAUUCCAAACUUUCGCCAACCAAAUUCAUUACUGAGCAAUUAAGUGGACUAGCUCAGGUUCAAUUUGUCCUCGAUUUGAAUGCAAAUCUCGAAAAGAAUUCGAAGGAUUACUUAGCGAAGUCUGUACUUCCAAUUUUGAAGGAUAUUCGAAAUUUAUUACUUCAAAAUGGACAUUUCGAGUACAGCUUGGUUGGAAGUAAUAAGCUUUUGAACGAAAAUGAAAAAUUGAUAGAAAAAUUUGACCAAAAAAUGAUAUCCCGACCACCAGUCCAAAAUAAUUUAGAGUCAUUAGUUGCCUCUUUCAAGGACCAGGGUUUGGAGAGCAGCAAUACCUUAAUUGACUUACCGUUCCAAGUUGGAUAUGCUUCCCUAGCAAAGGUAGGGUCAAGCUAUGUUAGUAAAGAUGGUGCUGCUUUGCAAGUUUUAGCUCAAAUCUUGACUUUUAAACACUUGCAUUCUGUCAUUAGAGAAUCAAAUGGAGCUUAUGGGGGUGGACUUACGUACGAUGGGUUAAGCGGCACUUUGAACUAUUAUUCUUAUAGGGAUCCUAAUCCAUUAGUUUCUGUUGAUUCUUUCAAAGAUUCUUUUGAAGUUGCUUUGAUGAAGGCUGCCGAUUUGAACAAUGAGGACUUGCAGGAAGCUAAAUUAAGUAUUUUUCAAAGUGUUGAUGCUCCUAUUCACAUUGCGUCACAAGGUUCAAAUGUAUUUCUCGAAGGAAUAACGGAUGAGAUGAGGCAGAAAAGGAGAGAAAACUUUUUGGAUGUUGGUUCCCAAGAUCUUAAAAAUGUGGUAGAGAAAUAUUUGAUUGAAAACAAAUGCAAUAUUGUUACCGUGAUUGCAAAUAAGGAUAAGUUGAAUUUGAAGGAAGCUCAAAAUUGGAAUAUCAAGAAGAUGAGUGUAGAGAACCCUAACCAUGUAAAUAAGUAG